CCAACUCCAAAGCUGAACACCAAAACAAUGACGUUUCUCCGGAGUGCGCAGCCUUAUCUGCAGGAACAGCACGGAGCGCUCUCCCACUGCGGACUUUUGCCCUCCGACUUUGAUAGGUGAAGAUAAGCCGAAAGCCAUUAGAGUUCAGCUCAGACAUGUUUUCUCCAAAGUCGCCUAAAAACCUCUCCAAGUAUGUCUUCAAGUCGUCGCCCGGUGCGGAGGAGCACAUUUCUAUGGUUGAAUGUGGCUGCAAGCCGGACUGCACCUGUAGCGUCCACGCGGAUCCCAGCAGCGCGAGACACUGCGCGCGCGAGUUUAAGGAGAAUGGCCCUGACACGGAGCAGCACGGCCUGGACAACCUGGCCUACGUCUACGGGAGUCAGAGUGAGCUCUGCCCUCCACCCAAAGCUGCUUCCGGAGCCACUUUUAGACUCCUGGGACUCACCUCGGAGCACAAGACCAAAGCCAUCGAGAGCCGGAUCUGCAACCUGAAUGGAGUUCUUGCUGCCAGCUUGUCUUUAACCAGCAGCUUGGCCAAAGUGGACUAUGAUACCUCAGUUAUCUCAACCAAAGAGAUCGCCCUGGAGCUGCAGACUGCGGGCUUCAGCGUGGAGUCGGCGGUGCAGAUCAGGGUGGAGGGGAUGCACUGCCAGUCCUGUGUGCAGUCCAUAGAGGGACGGAUUGGUUCCCUACCUGGGGUUUCAUAUAUCCAGGUUUCCUUUCAGGACUCUGCAGCGCUGAUUGUAUAUCAACCUCUUCUAGUUACACAUCAGGAGCUUAGAGACAACAUCGAGGAGAUGGGUUUUGGUGCCACUUUAUACAGCGACGAUCCACCUGGAUGUGAUAUAAGCUACUGGCAGAGGGAACUGGUCUACUCCACUGUCACCAUUUGGAUUGUAGGGAUGACUUGCAACUCCUGCGUGCAGGCGAUAGAAGGGAGGAUCUCCCAGAUGACGGGAGUGCUCUCCAUAGCGGUGUCUCUAAAGGAGGAAAAGGGAACGGUGACCUUUGACCCCAGGUUGACGGAGCCGGAGCAGCUCAGGGCAGCUGUAGAAGACAUGGGCUUUGAUGCAUCACUUGAAGAACCUGCGUCUGCAAAGAGCAAAGGGGGUCAUGAAAAGUCCAGGCCUGUUAGCUCUGUACUUCCUGCCCUUUCUGACCCGUCCAAUAAGUCGGGAGUCAGCAAUGGCACCGGAUCACAGGCGACCUCCGGAGGCCAGAUGAAAGUGCAAAAAUGCUUCAUUUGCGUAAUGGGAAUGACCUGUGCCUCCUGUGUGGCCAACAUUGAGAGGAACCUGCUCAAACACAAGGGAAUUAUCACUGUGCUGGUGUCACUCAUGGCUGGGAAGGCCGAGGUUAAAUACGAUUCAGAAGUCAUGAACGCUGCUGAUGUCACUAAACUCAUAGAAGACUUAGGCUUCGGUGCAAAGCUGAUGGAGGACAAUGCAGUAACACAUGGGAAACUGGACCUCACUGUAACAGGCAUGACAUGUGCAUCAUGUGUGCACAACAUUGAGUCCAAGCUCACCUCGACCAAAGGGAUCCUCGGGGCCUCCGUCGCCCUAGCAACCCAAAAAGCCCAGAUCCAGUUUGACCCAGAAGUCCUCGGAGCUCGAGAUAUUAUCAAGAUCAUUCAGAGUCUGGGCUUCGAGGCCAGUCUGGUGAAGGCAGGCAUCAAAAACAACCUCGAUCACACAGAAGAGAUUCGACAGUGGAAGAACUCCUUCCUGCUCAGCAUGGUGUUCGGCCUGCCCGUCAUGGGCCUCAUGAUCUACAUGAUGGUGAUGGACAGUCAGCACCAGGAGCACGGUGGUUCUAUGCCUGAGGAGCAGAACCUGCUGCCCGGCCUCUCCCUCCUCAACCUGGCCUUCUUCCUGCUCUGUACGCCGGUGCAGAUUUUCGGGGGCCGAUACUUCUACAUCCAGGCUUAUCGCUCGUUAAAACACCGCACGGCCAACAUGGACGUGCUCAUUGUGUUGGCCACCUCCAUCGCCUACAUCUACUCCUGCGUGGUCCUGGUCGUAGCCAUGGCGGAGCGGGCCAGCCAGAGCCCCGUCACCUUUUUCGACACUCCACCCAUGCUGUUUGUGUUCAUCGCGCUGGGUCGAUGGCUGGAGCAUGUCGCUAAAAGUAAAACCUCAGAAGCUUUGGCCAAAUUAAUGUCACUUCAAGCUACUGAUGCCACUGUGGUCACUUUGGGACGGGACCACUCCAUCAUCAAGGAGGAGCAGGUGGUGGUGGAGCUGGUCCAGCGGGGCGACAUUGUGAAAGUGGCCCCGGGAGGAAAGUUCCCCGUUGAUGGGAGAGUGAUUGAGGGAAGCUCCAUGGCUGAUGAGUCUUUAAUCACAGGGGAGCCGAUGCCCGUCAGUAAGAAGGUGGGCAGUUUGGUGAUCGCCGGCUCCAUCAACGCUCACGGAGCUCUCCUGGUGGAGGCCACCCACGUGGGUGCAGACACGACUCUGUCUCAGAUCGUUAAACUGGUGGAAGAAGCCCAAACCUCAAAGGCUCCCAUCCAGCAGUUUGCAGACAGACUCAGCGGAUACUUUGUUCCCUUCAUCGUCCUGGUGUCUCUGCUGACGCUGGUCGCCUGGCUGGCUGUCGGCUUUGUCGACUUUGACAUCGUGAAGGACAACUUCCCCGGUUACAACCAGAACAUCUCCAACGCCGAAGUCAUCGUCCGCUUCGCCUUCCAGGCGUCCAUCACGGUCCUGUCCAUCGCCUGCCCCUGCUCUCUGGGGCUGGCGACCCCGACAGCUGUCAUGGUGGGCACGGGGGUCGGAGCCCAGAACGGGAUUCUUAUUAAAGGAGGCGAGCCGCUGGAGAUGGCCCACAAGAUCAGCGUGGUGAUGUUUGAUAAGACCGGGACCAUCACUAACGGCGUGCCGCGGGUGACCCGGGUGCUGGUGUUGUGGGAAAUGGCCCGCAUGCCCCUGAGGAAGAUCCUGGCGGUGGUUGGAACGGCCGAGGCCAGCAGCGAGCACCCGCUGGGGAUGGCGGUCACCAAACACUGCAAAGAGGAGCUGGGCUGUGACUUGCUGGGUUACUGUCAGGACUUCCAGGCAGUACCUGGUUGUGGAAUCAGCUGUCGGGUUUCCAACGUGGAUCAUCUGCUGCAGCAGCACAACGACCAGCGUUUCCUGCUGCCGGGGGCAACCACCGACGAAAGCAGCCUGCUGUCUGCUGCCGAGGACUCACCUACAGGUGAGUCUUCGUCAUACUCUGUCCUGAUUGGGAACAGAGAGUGGAUGAGGAGGAACGGCCACCACAUCGGAGCUGACGUUGACGCCGCCAUGUCCAGCCAUGAGACCAAAGGGCAGACUGCUAUCCUGGUAGCUAUAGAUGGUGUGCUGUGUGCCAUGUUGGCUAUUGCAGACACGGUAAAGCCCGAGUCGGCGUUAGCAGUGCACACACUGACCAGCAUGGGCAUCGAGGUGAUUAUGAUAACAGGAGAUAACAGACGCACAGCUAAAGCAAUCGCUGCACAGGUGGGGAUCAGGAAGGUGUUUGCUGAGGUGCUGCCUUCACAUAAGGUGGCAAAAGUGCAAGAGCUGCAGGAACGAGGCCGGCGAGUCGCCAUGGUGGGGGACGGCGUCAACGACUCGCCCGCCCUCGCCCGCGCCGACGUCGGCAUCGCCAUCGGCACGGGCACCGAUGUGGCUAUAGAGGCCGCCGACAUCGUCCUCAUUCGGAAUGACCUGCUGGAUGUGGUGGCCAGUGUGGAGCUGUCCAAGAAGACGGUGCGCAGGAUAAGGACCAACUUUGUCUUCGCCCUCAUCUACAACCUUCUAGGAAUUCCCAUCGCUGCAGGUGUGUUCAUGCCUGUGGGCCUGGUGCUGCAGCCCUGGAUGGGCUCUGCUGCCAUGGCUGCCUCGUCCGUCUCAGUGGUUCUGUCGUCUUUAAUGCUGAAAAUGUACAAGAAAACUUCGACGGAGCUGUAUGAGGUGCGAGCACUGGGCCAGAUGAGGAGCGUCCGGUCGUCUCAGAUCAGCACACAUCUGGGUCUGGAGGGCCAGCGGCGCAGCCCCGCCCCCCCCGCCAGAACUCGGGAGCAGCUGAGCCAAAGCGGCGCCGUCUCACCCGGCCAGGGAGCGUCCAUUAACUCUGUCCAGGGCCAGCAGGACCGCAGCGUGUUGUAAAGAGAAAAGGGAAGAAGAAAGACUGAGACAUCACACAGUUUGUUGUUCUCCUGUUUACAAAUGUGAACUAUUUCUAUGUAUUUAUGUAAAUAAAUGAGGCUAAUUGUGCAUAUUAACUCAAAAAGUGCUCUUAUUUUAGCUCAUGAACCCCAAAGCAAUUUUAUUGGUGCACCAAUCUAUAACUUCCCCUAAAAGUCAAGCUGCUAAUAGAGGUGCAUCUCAAUAAAUUAGAAUAUCGUAGAAAAGUUUAUUUAUGUUGGUAAUUCAAUUCAAAAAGUGGAAAUAACACACAGUCAAACUGAACUGAACUGAUAUUAAACAUGUAUGGAUUACAACAAUUGCAAUAUUUUCUCAAACUUUCCUCAACUUUAAGCUUCAGUGCUCUGAAUUUUUUUUAAUAAAACAUAUAAAAAGCUGAAUUUAGCAGCGUUAUUUCGACAACUUCCCGACACGAUAUCCUGACGCACAUGGUGCCUAUAGA